AUGGUCUAAACACUCCAUCAUCUGGCGCCAUUGUUGCUCGGUGGACUAUGAUGUAUUUUAGGAAUGGCCUCAAGACUCGAGUUCAUGUCUUCAACUGAUGAGGAGGCGGAGCUAAAGAAAAGGGGGUACAGUCUGGGGACCCUCCUUGGGGAGGGUUCUUACGCCAAAGUAAAAAGUGCUCACUCGGAGAAAAACCAGAAAAGGGUAGCAGUAAAAAUCAUCAACCGAAAGAAAGCCCCUAGAGAUUUCCGAGAGAAAUUUUUACCGCGGGAACUUGCCAUUCACGUCACUUUAGAACAUCCGAAUAUUGUUCGAUGUUUUGAGUUACUAGAAUUUCAUAACAAAGUAUAUAUUGUAAUGGAGUACGCUGGUCACGGCGAUUUAUUGGAAUUCAUCAAACUUCGCGGGGCGAUAGAGGAGGAUAAAGCAAAGCUCAUGUUCCGACAGGUCUGCUCAGCGGUGGAUUAUCUCCAUCAAAAUAACAUCGUCCACAGAGAUAUGAAGUGUGAGAAUCUAUUACUGGAUGGCCUUAACAACAUAAAAGUUUCUGAUUUCGGAUUCUGUCGGAAGGUCGAGCCCGGCGAUAUAUGUAAGACAUUUUGUGGGAGCGCUGCCUACGCAGCCCCGGAAAUUCUUCAGGGAAUCCCCUACCACGCCCCUUUUCACGAUCUCUGGAGCAUGGGGGUCAUACUGUAUAUCAUGGUCUGUGCCUCAAUGCCUUUUGAUGAUAGCAAUAUCAAGAAAAUGGUACGAGAACAACUAGAGAGAAAGGUGGGAUUCUCCAAAUCCAGGAAAUUAACAGCAGAAUGCAAGGACCUCAUUCACCGGAUUCUAGAAGUUAACGUCAAGCGGCGAGCCACCAUAGCCACUGUGCUGGACCACCCGUGGAUGCAGGAGAAGAAGGCCGAGCCGGAUACAUCGGCCCUCAGGGCAAAGGACAGGGAGGCCAAAAUGGUGGAAGCCUCCGAGACCCUCAAGUCCAAGUUAGCCGGGGCAAAAUGUUCUGAAUGAUAAAGCUUUACUGUAUUGUUUGAGUGAAUUUUAUAACCUUUUGUUUAUGAAAUUAAAAUAUUUUGUCUUUG